CGUCAUUUUUUACCAGAAAAAAUAAAAGAAAAAAAAGCUGUUCAUCGUCUCUCCUCACUCUUUCGUAUCUCUCUUCUGAUCUUCUCAGAAGCAAACUAGUAACAAAAAAUCUCUCCAUGGCUAUUUCUUCGACGGACGCUACCGCCCCAACCUUCACCGGUACCGGUGAUCACGCCGACAAUAACACCAAUUCUGCCGCCAUAAUCAGCUCGUUCGAGCCCACUUACCUCCAGGACUUGCCUCGCCUUACCGACUACGUCCCGGACCUCCAAAGCCGCCCGAACCCGCUGGAUCAUAAUCCCUACUUUCAUACUGUGGAUGGGUUCUACUUGACCCAAUCUGACGUUGUUCUCCGGCAAAUUACCUACGAUCUCUCCGGAAUCUUCCCCUCUCCCUCGCGGCAUUUGGCCUACCACAGGGCUGGUCCGCGCAAAGACAUUUACUUUGACUCGUCAAACGUACGCGCCGCCAUUGUGACCUGUGGCGGUCUGUGCCCCGGGAUGAACACCGUGAUUCGGGAGCUCGUGACGGGAUUGUGGCACCUCUAUGGAGUGCGUGAAAUUUUCGGUAUUGUUGCUGGGUACAGGGGAUUUUACUCCAUGGAGCCUCGGCUACUAAACCCUAAGCUUGUUCACGAUUGGCACAAGAAGGGUGGGACGGUGCUUGAAACUUCCAGAGGCGGUUUUGAUCUCGAGAAGAUCGUCGAUGCCAUAGAGAAGCGUGGUUUCAAUCAGGUUUACAUCAUAGGUGGAGAUGGAACCAUGCGAGGAGCUGUGAAGAUAUAUAAUGAAAUCAAACGCCGCAAACUGAAAGUUGCAGUUGCUGGGAUUCCAAAAACAGUGGAUAAUGACAUAGGAAUAAUAGAUAGAUCUUUUGGAUUCCAAACUGCUGUUGAAAUGGCACAGCAAGCAAUCAGUGCUGCUCAUGUUGAGGCUGAGAGUGCUGUUAAUGGUAUAGGCCUGGUGAAGCUAAUGGGUCGAAAUGUAGGGCACAUUGCUUUACAUGCAACACUUAGCAGCCGUGAUGUCGACUGCUGCCUAAUUCCUGAAACAGAUUUUUACUUGGAAGGAAAAGGAGGGCUCUUCGAAUUUCUGGAUGAACAACUGAAGGAAAAUGGUCAUGCAGUGCUUGUGGUUGCCGAGGGUGCAGGCCAGGACUUAAUACCUAGAAGCGAAGCACAAAAGGAAGAGAGGGAUGAAUCCGGUAACUUAGUUUUCUUAGACGUGGGUGCAUGGUUGAAGUCCGAGCUAAAGAACUGGUGGGACAGGGACCACCCGGGUGAGUUGUUCACAGUGAAGUACAUAGAUCCUACCUACAUGAUCCGGGCAGUUCCGGCUAAUGCUACCGAUAACUUGUAUUGUUCCCUUCUAGCCCACUCGGCUGUCCAUGGGAUUAUGGCUGGUUACACCGGAUUUGUUGCAGGCCCUGUUAAUGGAAAUUAUGCAUAUAUACCAUUGGAAGAUGUUGCUCAAGCGAAGAACGCAGUGAACACAAAAGAUCACAAGUGGUCAUGGGUGAGAUCUGUGACCAAUCAGCCGGAUUUUGUGAGGUGCUAAGCAUCCAAACACAUACGUAAAAGGUUCAUAAGGACUUUCUUGCUAUGGCAUUAUUUGCCUUCUUGUCAUGUGACUCUGUUCGAAUGCGGUGCAGCUUGAUGUUUUGAUGGGCCUUUUAGUCUUUCUUGGUGGAAAGUGGAUGAAACAGGGUGUACAAAUUUGUGUCGUAAGACAUUUUUUUUCCAGGGAUCACAUUGGCCGUGUCUUUUUACGUAAAAGCUAUGUAUGCUCAGCACUUGUAUGCGAUGAUAUUUGAUAAUAUAAGAAGUAAUGAAUACUACUGUUAUAUACUAUUACAUCUGCUUAAU